AUGGGCAUCAAAGGCCUUCAUCGGGAGCUCGGCCAGGGCAAGCGCGUCUCCCUGUCCAAGUUGGCAGCCGAUAGCCUCGAGUCCCAAAACCGGCCGUAUCGCAUCGCCAUCGACAUUGCAAUAUGGCAAUUCCAGACCCAAGCAGCGCGAGGCGGCACCAAUCCCGCCAUCCGCACUCUCUUCUACCGUCUGGUCCGCCUGCUGGGCACUCCCAUCCAACCAAUCUUCGUAUUCGAUGGCCCCAACAAGCCCGUGUUCAAGCGAGGCAAACGAUCAGGCCGCGGCGACGGCGUGGCCACGGCAAUGGCGAAGCGGCUCAUACGGCUGUUCGGCUUCCCCAUCCACGAUGCGCCGGGCGAGGCCGAGGCAGAAUGUGCUUUGCUGCAGCAGCAUGGAGUGGUGGACGCUGUCCUCAGCGACGACGUCGACACCAUAAUGUUUGGAUGCACAAAAACCCUGCGAAACUGGUCAUCCGAGGGCAAGACGUCAAAGACGCCGACCCACGUGUCGCUGUACGACGUCGACGACAUGGCGUUGGGGGACCUGGGCCUCGACCGCGAGGGCAUGGUGCUGGUCGCGCUGAUGAGCGGGGGCGAUUACCUUCCAGACGGCAUACCGGGCUGCGGCGUCAAGGUGGCGUGCGAGGCAGCCAAGGCAGGCUUUGGCAGGUCGGUUUGCCGCCUGAAGGCGUCUGACAAGGUCGGCAUCCAGGCCUGGCGACAAGGCCUGAUGCACGAGCUUCAUACCAACGAAAGCGGGCACUUUCGGACCAAGCACAAGGCCCUGACGAUCCCGCAGGAUUUCCCCAACCUCGACGUGCUGGGAUACUACACCCAUCCGGUUGUGUCGCCACCAGAGUCCAUCAUGCCCAGCAUACAGCAGAGGCUGGAGCAGAAGACGCCGCUGCAGAUCGAGGCCUUGCGCGAAUUCACGCGCGAGACGUUCAACUGGGACUACCGCAUAGGCGCCAUCAAGUUCAUCCGCGUCCUAGGCCAAGCCGUACUGGUGCAGAAGAUGUCUGAGACGGUAAACGGCCAUCACGUUAAGCGCAUCUCUGGCCGGCGGACACACUUUAGCACCGACGGCACCCCAGAGCUUCGCGUAGCGUACAUACCCGAGGAGGUCGUGCCCGUCGACCUGGCCCGGGAAGCGGACGAGGUCAUCAGCUACGACCGCAACGGGCUGGCGCUGAACAGCGACGAAGAGUUUGACGGACUCGACGCUUCGGAGGAAGUCCCCGCCAGCACCCCGAAGCUGUUUGACGUCACCAAGCCGGACCUGGCCUGGGUGCUCGAGGGCCUGGUCAAGAAGUCUGCCUCGGACGCUUUUCAGGCGUGGCAGGACAGGCAGAGCUUCAAGAUGACGCCACGGUCCCCUGCCAAGAAGAGGGCUGGAGCUGCCAAGGCGGCCACGAGAAAAGCGUCCGACAUGCCUCACGGCUCGCUUGACAGAUACGUCCGCACCACAAAGGCUCCCGCCAGCGAGGGCCUGUCUCAGCAGACGGGGCUCGGCCGGGGCACCGCCCCCCGGACCAGCAGCCCUAGCCCUGUCGGCGCCGCAAACCCCUCGAUCCCAAGUAAGCAGUCCUCGUUCUCGCCCGCGAGGAGCCCGGUCAAGAUGCCAGCGCUUCAGGUAAUCGGCAGCUCACCAGUCCCGCCUAGAUCUCGUCAAGCCCAUAAGCGACCAGAGACGAUUCACAUCCCAUCUAGCCCGGCAAGCCGCGCCUCUCCUCCACCGCCCCUUUGUUCCUCGCCUCCCAGGCACGCCUCGAGCAGAGCUCCUCGGCGUCCUCAACCCGCUGAGAUGCCUCGGUCAAUACGGUCCAUUAUUCAUGCGGCUAGCAGCCCUCAAGAGUUGAGUCCCGCCCCGCCCGGGCAACAGCCCCGACCGCGCCGACAGCCUCAGCCUCGACCUCGGCUGCAGCAAAGCCCAAAGGCUCAGCCCAAAUCUGCGGCCGGCCUGAAGCAAUCGUCCCUGGACGCCUUUGUCGGGAAACCUGCAGCAGUCCCAGCGGCAGCAUCUCCCCCAGGAGAAGGCGCGUCGUCGCACCUGGACAGUGACUCUGAUCUCGAACCCCUCUCGGCAAUCCUGCAGAAAAACCCUCUGAAGAAGCAGGCUUCUUCUCGAAACACACCCAGCAGCGCAGAAAACAGGUCUGGCGGCAACACCUCCUUGCCGAGGGAAACGGCUGCCAAGGCGCUCAUCUCCAGCGACGGCAUUUUCGACGAGGCGAGGCCGGACGCGGAGCAAGGCGAUGGCCAGUCCGCCGCGGGAGGAAGCAGGAGCACCGGCGUGCGCUGGAGCGACGUCUCCAUUAUAGAUCUGACGGCAGACGACAGGUAG